CGACAAACAGCUCCGUUCCCGCUGUCUCUUCCCAUCCCAACCCGAUAAAUAGAAGGAGGGAGGAAUUGAGUCGAGCCUCAUUCUAGACGCCCCCAAUUCGGAUUCAAGGAGCGAACGUCCAACUAUCUUCACCUCGAUCAUCCCGCGAAGAUUCGGAACACCAAGCCGAUAUUCGAUCGCCUCACUCUCUCGAGAGAUAACAACGAUUAAAUUACGAGUUACAUAUUACCACCGUCUUCAAAAUGGCCUCCUCCUCCAUCACAGGGCUCUUCAGCCGCCUCUCCCUCCUCUCACGAACCACACCCUCAACCACCACCAUGACAACCCCACGCCUCUUCUCGACAACCUCAUCCUCCCUCGCCCGCAAGGUUCCCACCCCAGCCGGCCCCCCCAAAGCCGCCCGUCGCAACCGCGCCGCCCCCAAAUCCGAAAACUUCAACCGCAUCCGCACCCUGCGCCGCAACAUGUUCUCGCCCGCUCCCCCCCCCCUGCGCAUGGCUCGUCAGCGAUACCUGCGCCACUGGACCAUCCACCGCGCCUGGAUGCUCUUCCGCCGCAAGCAGCACGAGGCCAUUGCCAAAGAGAGGAGCAGGAUGUAUGCCGGCAUGUACAAUGCCUGCGAGGAGCUGCGCAAGACAGUUGGGCCUGGAUCUAGGGACGAGGGAUACCUGUACAGAGUUGCCAUGGAGAAGAAGGGCGUCUAUGGGCUUGAGGGCGUGCCGAUAGAGUAUGCUAGAUUCCAGACAGACAGCCCGGCGAAAGAGCCCUGGAAUCACGAUUGGAAGAGGUAGAGAAGGGAAUUCAUGACGGAGAACUUGUGGAGAAAAAUAAAAAGAGGAAACGAGAUAGACGUUAUGUAUGAAUAUGAAGAAUUGUAUAAUACC